AUGGGGAGUUACCUGAGCAGAGACCGCUCCCGGCCGCCGUCUCCGGCUGUGCUGGACGCGGCCCCCCCGGAGAGGCCCGAGCGCGUCCGGCCCCCGCACCCCACCUGCCGGGGUCACUCGGCGGCCCCCGACCUAGUCCUGGCUCGCAGGCUGUCCUACGAGGACCUUGUGGAUUCCCCCCAGCGGCGCUGGUACCCCCGGUGGCUUGUCACAGACUAUCGGGAGCAAUAUCCCAGCCAGCAGGCCGGCUGUUUCCCCUCGGGGGUCUUCUCCCCGGGGCCCCAGAGGAGCCAUCAGAAGCCAGUGAUGCCCGCCUGCAGCUCCAGGAUGUUCUGCACCUCAGUGAUCCCGAAGAUGGCAUCUGCCAGGGGCAAACUGACGCCGGGUGUGGGCAUCUGUACGUGCCCUUCAGGAUCUGGUCACCUUCCAGCCCCGUGUGUAAAGGGGACCCUGAUGAGGGCCCUCGAAGAGGGAGGUGAGCCGCGGGCCAAGGAAGACCAGGACCGGACCGCCAUCGACAGCAGGGAAGAGCUGGCCAAGCGGAAGGAAGGGCGCCCGGCCCCGGGGCGGCAGGACGCCCAGAGGAGUGGCUCCGCGUUCAGGCGCCUCAUGGUCAACGGAGCCCUCUCUUCCUUCGUACCCAGGCCCGGGCCUCUGAAGACGGACUUAGGUUCCAAGAACUCAGGAGACGGCCUGACUAAGAAAUCCCAGACCCGCUUUUUGAGCUCGUGCAACAAACGGAAUGCCAUUGUCAGUUCAUACAGCUCUACCGGAGGUUUUCCACUCCCGCAGAGGGGCGCUCCGGACGCUGCCGCGCCCCGCGGCCAGGCCUCAUCCUCUCCUAACGUGUCCUCCAAGAGCGCCCCCGAGGAGGGCCUCCAGCCAAGCGCUCCGGCUUCCCUGGAACCGCAGACGACCAUCAAGCACGACAAAGCUGCAAAAACCACUUCAGGGCAGAAACAAAGCUUGAGGAAUUGCUCACCCCCAUCGGACACUUCCAGGCCCCAGAAGCGCAAGAUUCCUCUGCUGCGCUGCAGGAGAAAUGACCCACUGAAUCUGCCCCUAGCCGCUUGGACAGGUUACCGAGUCACUGCUGAGGACCUUGACUUAGAAAAGAUAGCUGUGAUCCAGGGGAUCAACAAGGUCUUCGAAGGGUAA